CUCCCCGUCUUUGGUGUGUGGCAGAGCUAGCACAGUUGCCGAGUGGUCGGGCAAAACAAAACCUCACCCACCCUUAGCCCAACUUUGAUCACGCCAGCAUCGCAAGCUCAACCCCGCCACCAUGCCCCUUCUCAAGCGCAAGCCGGUGCACAUGCACCCCCUCCCAUCUCUCUCCGCCAUCGUGCAGCCCAUUAACACGGCACAAGCAGAGUCAUCACCAAGCGCGUCAGCACCGGGAUCCGAGUCUACCGACCAACAUCUCAAAGACUCCAACGACGACGAGGCGCAACUGAGCAAGCUCAUUUCUGUUCUGCACGACCCAACGCUUUCUGCACCUGUUCCAAAGAGGCCGCGCGCGAGCUUGCAGGCUAACGGUGCACCUCCCAACGGCGCAGGCCAACCUCCACCAGGACAUGGCAGUCUUGUGCCAGGAUAUCGGGUUAAGAAUGUCGACUGCUUCUACCUCCCAGAAACAGGCGAAAUCUUCCUCGACUACGAGACAUUCGCGCUGCGGCGCGCAUUCUACGACCAGCAGGUGUUUCAAUGUGAAGUCACUGGCAAGUCGGCACUCUCGUACUUUGACGCACUAUACAACGAGCAGCGUGAGGUCAAGCAGCUGCAUGCCCGCUUCCCGCGCCCGCUCAAGAAGGCCGUGUUGCAGUCGGUCCACUUCCAGGUCGAGGGCAAGCUGGACACUUUGGCCGAUAAGGUCCACGACCGCUUCUUGAACCGCUUCUUUAACGAUGAGAAGGUCUUCGUCGACGUACAAGGGGACAAAUAUCUAGCGCGCGUCGUCAAGACCUUCCCACCGAAGGAUCUCAACCCACCGCCAGGAGGCUCGCCCUGUCACCCCUACGCGAUGGACUUGAACUUGGAACCGGAUGAUGUGAUCGAACUCGACGAUCCAAUGAAAUACUUUUACCAGGUCCGCCUCAUCGAAGAGGGUGGCGAAGGCGACCGCAAUGGUAGCCCUCAUGAACGGGAGGGUGACGAGAAGUGGGGCGGCAGCGUGAUGGAAGUGCAGGCGGACAAGAUUUCGCGUGACCGCAUCAACUAUUCUCGCGCCAUGCUCAAGCGCUUCAUCCGCGAUUGCGUGGGCCGUGAAGCAGCGAUCUACUCGCCUUGGAUCGUCAAGAAGCCCAUCGCAAUGCGGUACGGGCUUCCGACCGAGAUGACGGACGAGCUUCGUGCCGUGAUCACCGCACACCGCGAAGCGCAGAUGGAGCGCCGCAAGCGCGACCGCGAUGAAAGGCUGGGCAUCACGCACGACGGCGAGGAGACCGAGCACGAGCAGCCAGCGAAGAAGAAGCGUUCCAGCAAGGGUCUAAGCAAGGAGGAUCGCGACCGCAUCAAGCAGGAGGAGCAGGAGGCUGAGGAAAAGGCGAAGGAGCAGGAGGAGGUUAAGAAGAAGACCUCGCGCGGCAUCAAGUAUCCCAUUGAAGACUUCCUCCUCGAAUAUCAGGAGAAGGACAAGCAGGCUGGGCGGAUAGAGGUCAAGCCCGUGCCAAAUCGGGACCUGCCGUUCGGCGAGCACUUUGAAAAGUUCCUCAUGGUGUGGAGCUUCCUCAACGUUAUGGGCAAGCCGCUCGGGAUCUCCUCCUUCACAAUUGACGACUUCGAACAAUCUCUCUACCACAAUGACCAGUGGUCGACCGCACCACCGCUCCUCGUGGAGAUCCAUGCGGUAUUGGUCAAGGCGCUCUCAAAUGACCUCAAAGCGGGCAACGAGCCCGUACGCUCUCUGCUUUACACCGGCAUGGUGCCCGAGAACGACAUCGACUACUGGGAGGGCACUAAGGGUGCGACGGCCGAGACGCUUCGUCCCGUCGUAGCCCCCAUGGCCGACGCAUGGACUCGGAAGGAGCUGUCGCACCGCGAAGGCCGCAAGGGGUGGGAGCAGGCGCUGAUCGGAUGCCUAUGGGACCGCGCGACGCUGGAGGUCUUCCCCUCCUAUCUCGACCUCAUCUUGUUCCUCACCUUUGAGAACAAGCCCGCGCCGACGCGCCCGACGUGGUCCACUGGUCCCAGCCAUAACAACGCGACCGGCCUCAUACCCGCCAAGCCGGAGAAGCGGUACAACCUGCUGCACUUCACACAAAAGCUCGACAUCAUUGAUUUCCUCAUUGAGCUCGUGGCGCAGACUGGCGUCGUGCGCGACUUUAUGGAAGAGGCGACGUCCGAGCUUACUGAAGUCCGCAAGAAGCAGCAGGAGGUGCGCCGCGAGCACAAGCGAGUACGGGCGGAACGGGAAGCCCUCGAGCCCAAAGAGGAGAAGAAGGACGAUGAGGACGGCGAGCAGGAGGAGGGGGCCGAGAGCCGGCUGCACUCACCGAACGGGAUCGCGAACGGCACGGCUACGAACACCGAGCGUGAUGAGUUGGACUCGGCGGCAGGCGACGACAACCCGUCGCGCUUCUCCUCGCCCAUGCCAGAACGGAACACAGGUGCUUCUCGGCGGCGGGCGAUGCGGGAACGCGCGGCGGAGCGCGAGGCCGAGGAGGCAAUGAAGGCGGCUGCUGCGGCCAAAGAGCGCCAGGAAGUCAAGGCUGCUCGGGCCGAGGCGCGCCAGCUUGCGCUGGACCGCAAGCGGCUGGAGGACGAGGAAGCCGCACUCGAGGCCAAGCUGCACGAGAUUGAACGCGACUUCCGCAGACACCUUUACACGCUGCGUGCGCGCCCGCUCGGCGUGGACCGGUGGCACAACCGCGUGUGGUGGCUCGACGGGGGCGGCUCAGCGCCGCUGCUCAACGACGGCAAGGUUGUAUGGGGGACUGGCCGGUUGUACAUCCAAGGCGCGGAUGAGCUGGACAUUGAGCUGAGCCGCCAAGGCUUGCCGCACGUCACUCAAGGCCUCGGCGUCGAGAUCCCCGCGAGCGCGUUGGCUGAGAAGCGUGCACACGAGGAGGGGGAGGCGAAGCUCGCCCCCGGCGAGUGGGCCGUGUACGACACGCCAGAGCAGUUGAAGAGCUUUUACGACUGGCUGAAUCCGCGGGGCCGCCGCGACCUCGAUUUGCAGCGCACGCUCAAGAUGUGGUGGACGGAGCUCGAGGGCGGGUUCCAUCGCCGGCGGAUCCAGACGGGCCUCGAGGCGGUGCCCGAGGAGCCGGCGCAGCGGCGCACGCGCCGCGUCGCGGGCGAGGAGGAGCGGGAGGGCUAUUUGGGGUGGAAGAACAAGCGCGCCGGCAAGUAGGUUUGCGGGCAGAGGCGUAGGCGUGUCAUCAUCAGUCACUGUGACCCCACCGUAUCAUAUGCAUUGUCUUCUGAGCUGUCAGGCGAUCGAGUCCAUGACAAGCGCGGCCACAAUA